CAGGUGAACCUUUAAAGAUGCACAUGGGGCUGCAUAAAAUGAAAAGAGAAACUGAAGAAACUAAUGAAGUAAAAAAAACGUAUAUUUCCCAGGUUUAAUAGGGAAAAAUUGCUUUCUGCAAACAACUGAAAAAGCUGCCCUUGGACAUUUUCUUUGGCCCUCAUGGAGCAGCUGGAACUUGUACUGUGAGGCCCUUGACGGGACAAGCUGUCACUGAGUGAGCACCUGGAGUGGCUGUCGCCAUGGCCAGCAAGAGGAAGUCCACCACCCCGUGCAUGAUCCCCGUGAAGACUGCGGUGCUGCAGGAGGCCAGCGCGGAGGUCCCGCCCGCCGAGGCUUUGCCUGAAGGGCCCCCGCAGGAGCUGCCCCCAGCAGCGCCUGCCCCCAGCGGCGAGGUCGCCCAGAUCUCCAGCAGUGCGGAGAGUGCUACGCUGGCUACGCUGGCCAACGGGCAUCGGAGCACUUUGGAUGGCUAUUCGUAUUCCUGCAAACACUGCGAUUUCAGAUCCCAGGACAUAACCCGAUUUGUUGGACACAUGAACUCUGAGCACACAGACUUUAAUAAAGACCCGACUUUUGUAUGCACUGAGUGCAGUUUCCUGGCAAAAACUCCUGAGGGGCUUUCUCUGCACAAUGCCAAGAGUCACUCAGGGGAAGCCAGCUUUAUGUGGAAUGUGGCCAAGCCAGACAAUCGUGUCAUCGUGGAGCAGAGUGUCCCCGAGAGCACCAGCACUCCUGACCCACUGGGCGAGCCCAGCACCGAUGGGACCGAUGGACAAGCCGAAAUCAUCAUCACCAAAACUCCUAUCAUGAAGAUAAUGAAAGGCAAAGCUGAAGCCAAAAAAAUUCAUACACUAAAGGAAAAUGCCCCUAGUCAGCCCAUUGGUGAGGCCUUACCAAACCCCUCAGCUGGGGAAGCGGAGGCAAAAGAGGGGGACCACUCCUUUGUCAACGGGGCAGUUCCGGUCAGCCAGGCCCCUACCAGCUCUGCCAAGCCUCCCCACGCAGCCAACGGGCCCCCGCUGGGGACAGUGCCAGUUCUGCCGGCUGGCAUGGCUCAGUUUCUCUCCCUCCAGCAGCCCCCGGUGCACGCCCAGCACCACGCCCACCAGCCACUGCCCACCUCCAAGUCCCUUCCCAAAGUGAUGAUCCCCCUGAGCAGCAUUCCGACGUACAAUGCGGCCAUGGACUCCAACAGCUUCCUGAAGAACUCUUUCCACAAGUUCCCCUACCCAACCAAAGCCGAGCUCUGCUAUUUGACUGUGGUCACCAAGUAUCCAGAAGAACAGCUUAAGAUCUGGUUCACAGCCCAGAGGCUGAAACAGGGGAUCAGCUGGUCCCCUGAAGAGAUCGAAGAUGCCCGGAAGAAGAUGUUCAACACAGUCAUCCAGCCUGUCCCUCAGCCCACAAUCACCGUCCUGAACACUCCUCUGGUUGCCAGUGCUGGCAACGUGCAGCAUCUCAUCCAGGCCGCCCUUCCAGGCCAUGUUGUGGGGCAGCCAGAGGGUACAGCAGGGGGACUGCUGGUCACUCAGCCACUGAUGGCCAAUGGGCUGCAGGCACCAAGCUCGUCUCUCCCUCUAGCAGUUACAUCAGUCCCUAAGCAGCCAACUGUUGCGCCCAUUAACACUGUGUGUUCAAAUACAACGUCAGCGGUGAAGGUGGUCAAUGCGGCCCAGUCGCUGCUCACAGCGUGCCCCAGCAUAACCUCCCAAGCCUUCCUAGAUGCCAGUAUCUACAAAAAUAAGAAAUCUCACGAACAGCUGUCAGCUCUGAAAGGUAGCUUCUGUCGGAGCCAGUUCCCAGGACAGAGCGAAGUGGAGCAUCUGACCAAGGUGACUGGCCUCAGCGCCAGGGAGGUGCGGAAGUGGUUCAGUGACCGGAGGUACCACUGCCGGAACCUGAAGGGCUCCCGGGCUGUGCUGCCUGGGGACCCCGGCUCCAUCGUCAUCGACUCUGUGCCAGAGGGGCCCUUCUCCCCGGUGUCCAAGGCCCCCGAGGUGACCUGCAUCCCGACGGCAGCCACCCUGGCCACCCACUCUUCUGCCAAACGACAGGCAUGGCACCAGACCCCUGACUUCACACCAACCAAAUACAAGGAGCGGGCCCCCGAGCAGCUCAGAGCCCUGGAGAGCAGUUUUGCACAAAACCCUCUUCCUCCCGACGAGGAACUAGACCGCCUGAGGACGGAAACCAAAAUGACCCGAAGAGAGAUUGACAGCUGGUUUUCUGAGAGACGGAAGAAAGUGAGCACCGAGGAGACCUCGAAGGCCGAGGGGGGUGCCUGUCCGGAGGAGGAGGAGGCGGCUGCCGAGGACCAGGGAGGAGCCGAGGAGUCGGCCAGUGACCUCAGGGCCCCAGGGGAGAACGGCUCCCCAGAAGUGCCCGGCAGCCACUCGCUGGCUGAACGCAAAGUCAGCCCCAUCAAAAUCAACCUUAAGAACCUGCGGGUCACUGAAGCCAACGGCAAGAGCGAGCUGCCUGGGCUGGGCGCCUGCGAGCCUGAAGGCGAGGGGCCGCACCAGCUGGCCGCGCAGCCGCCGGGCAAGGUGAGCUGCAAGAAGACAGCGCAGCAGCGGCACCUGCUGCGCCAGCUCUUCGUGCAGACGCAGUGGCCGAGCACCCAGGACUACGACGCCAUCCUGGCCCAGACAGGCCUGCCGCGGCCAGAGGUGGUGCGCUGGUUCGGUGACAGCAGGUACGCCCUGAAGAAUGGCCAGCUGAAGUGGUACGAAGACUACAAGCGGGGCCACUUCCCUCCAGGGCUGCUGGUCAUCGCCCCUGGCAACCGGGAGCUGCUGCAAGACUACUAUGUGACACACAAGACGCUGUAUGAGGAGGACCUGCAGAGCCUCUGCGACAAGACCCAGCUGAGCGCCCAGCAGGUCAAGCAGUGGUUUGCAGAGAAAAUGGGCGAGGAGACCCGGGCCGUGGCAGACAGCGGCAGCGAGGACCAGGGCCCUGGCGACCCUGCGGCAGUGCACAAAGGGCUGGGCGACACCUAUUCGGAGGUGUCUGAGAACAGUGAGUCGUGGGAGCCCAGUGCCCCUGAGGCCAGCUCAGAGCCCUGUGACACACCAAGUCCCCAGGCUGGACGUCAGCUGGAAGCAGACUGAAUCUGAGCCGAUGACUGAAGGACUGGCCAGUCCAGGAUGCCGCCUGCCACAUGGAAGGGCCCCACCCAACU